GGCAUCAACAUUCUUAUGCACAUCCCACAAAAAUUUCAUGAUAGACUUUGAUGAAUGCACCUCUGUGCAGGUGAAUUUGUGACAACAGAAGAGGCGCGAAGACGUUUACAUGCAUACGAUGAGCUUGCGUCCACCCGAAACUUUUCGCCUGCACUUUUGGUUGUUCGGGAGCAUCUUCCAUCUGGUAAAGCUUGCCUGAGGGUCAACAUUGAUGCAACCGAGAUCGGAAAUGUAGCUCGCUUCAUCAAUCACUCGUGUGACGGCGGCAAUCUGAUGGUUGUACUGGUGAGGAAUUCUGGGUGUUUUCUUCCCAGGCUUUGUUUCUUUGCUGCUGUAGAUAUUUCAGAAGGCGAGGAGCUCAUCUUCAGCUAUGGGGAUGCUCCCCGAAGGCCAAAUGGCCUGCCUUGCUUUUGUGGAAAAGAAGAAUGCAUGGGUGUUCUGCCCUCUGAGGAAGCGUGAUGUUGUUGGUGCAUUUCAUCAUAUGGUUGAACUUCAGAUUCACAAAGAGAAACAAGCCAGACAAUCACCAUUUUAGACGUGGC